AAAUGACAGUGACGUGUAAUAUUCAACUCACGAUAUCAACUUGAUAGAAUCCUCUUUAUUUAUUGAUUGAAUUUUAAUACAUAAAUCAUUAAAGAAGGUGAAGAUAAUCACACAAAACCAAAAUGUCUACUAAAAGUAAAACAUUAGAUAGUGCAAGUAAAAUAAAAUUAAGUGAUUCAGUAUGGAAAAAAGCAUUUUCUUCGAACGCUGAAUGGCCUGACAAGGAGGAGUUUCUAGAUGUUAUUUAUUGGAUGCGACAGGCAAUAGGCAUUGUAUUGGGUCUUUGCUGGGGCUUAUUACCAUUAAAAGGAUUCUUGGGACUUCUGUUAUUUGUGGUUGUGAAUGCAGCAGUAAUAUAUUUCUAUGUAAGCAGUAUUCAAAAUGUUGAUGAAGAAGAGUUUGGAGGAAUGUGGGAAAUAACCAAAGAGGGGUUUAUGACAUCUUUUGCUGGUUUCUUAGUCACAUGGAUAAUUAUGUAUACAGGCCUGCAUGGGACCAGUAGUUUAUGAGACCAGUAUUGAAUUAUAGUGCCAAUAUAGCCAAGACUCAAUUUCAGAGAACGGGAAAAAUGAUUGCUAAAACUAUUAUGAAUGUUUUUAAUCAUCAUCACUAUUUAAUACUGAAGAAUUGUAUUAUAACAUAGAGGACCAAUAUGCUAUAGCAUCAAUUGUUUUAUUGGUAAAAUUGUAAUUUGUGUGGUGUGGAAAUAUUUAAUUUUACCAACUCUUUGUUUCUUUGAUAGUGUAAUUGUGUAUAGAAUGAGUUAAAUUUUUUUUGCUUAGCAUUUAUACCAAUUUACUUUAAUCCAAUAGGCUAUUUUUUGUUAGCCUAUUAUUUAAUGUGACUAUAGUUAUGCUUUGCCAGGUAGACAAUUUCUGGAUCUAUUAGUUUGGCACUUAGUGCUGUUGAGCCAAUUUAUUAGUUUGCUGUGUAAAGUACAAGCUGAUAAAGAACAUUCAUAAUAAUUGGGUUGUGGAUAGGCUUUUAAUACUACAUAUUGUAAAGACAGAUAUAAUGAUAUUGUUAUUAUUUCUUUAAAAAGGCAUCUGAUAAAAUCUAUUUUACAGAAAUUACAAAAUAAAACUAAUUUAUGGUUCAGAUUUGUAUUGUUUAUGAAAAUUCAUUCUAUUUUUGUGUAUUGUUAAGUUUAAUUGUGUGUUUAUAGAAACAGAUAUAAUGUUUGUAAUAUUUUGUUGUGUAUGAAAUGGUUAUGAGUUAUUUUGAUCAAAAUAAAGUGAAUUUAUGUGUC